AUGGCUUCAACAAAGUUUGCACAUCCAACACCAUUUCUGGUUACAGCCUCACCGCGACUUGAACCACCACCUUUAAGUUGCAAACACACUUAUCAGCAUUAUACCAAUACCCAUACUUCGAUACCUGCCAUGAGUACUCUGUACGGAGUCAUCGAGAGGGCCAACAAAGCCGGCCUUCUCGAUGAGUAUGCACGUCUGUGGAAGUUGUUUAUCGAAGGUAUCGACGAAGUUGUGGGAUAUGUUCGCGAGGAAGACUGCAUGAAGAUUCAGUGGGACGUUAAAUGGUUUAAUUGUGAAACGGUUAAUAAGAAAGGCGACGAAGUUCGGAGAAUUACCAUCGUAAGGAAUAACAACUACCUUGCUGCAGAGGGAUUUUCCCACAUCCCCUCUCCUGAAGAAGCUUGCAAAAUCGCAUUUCAAAAGCUCUUAGCCGCCAACGCAGACAAGUUCCCCGCCUUCGGUGUGUGGAAGAUGACGAAGGAAGCAGAUCAAGAGUAUUGCCCGAUACACCUAGCUGACCCAGGAGUCAACCUCUUGCCCUUGCGCAUUCCUUUGCCAUUACGAGGAGUCCUGGGGGUCUUAACGGUGGGCGUCCAUCUCAAUGUCUACAGAGUAAAGGAGGAAGAUGGCAAGGAAACCAUUGAUCAAAUUUGGGUCUCACAUCGUUCCAAAGAUCCCAACUACAGCUAUCCUGGGAUGCUAGAUCAGAUCGUAGCUGGAGGCGCGGAUACCAACGACACGAUCGAGGGGCAACUAGCUCCUUGCAAGACGCUGGCACGUGAGGCAAGAGAGGAGGCUGGGUUGACUAUCGACCACUUGACACGACAAGUAUUCUUUGAGGAAAUGGGGGGUGAUGAUGGGGACAAGAAGAAGAGGCGUAUCCUUGUUGGGACCGUAGAGAGGGCUUCGUCCAUUACGUUUUUCGACCUCAAAGACGAGAGUGCGGGUGACCUCUACAACAAUCACCUCGAACCCGGCCUGCGAUUCGUCUACGAUCUCAAGAUCACCAACCCAAGCUUUCGACCGAAGAAGAUGGAGAGCGCAAUCGAGAGAUUUGAGCCCAUGGGAGUAUCUCAAGUAACGGAAAGCCUGAGCAGCAAUCGAUGGAAGCCUAACUGCGGACUGGUGAUGCUGGACUUUAUGUUACGACAUGGGCUCGUCACCAAACAUGAUGAGAGCCGAUUCGAGCGUAUCAGGAAUGACCUACGCCGGCCACUGUGCUUCGCUUUCCUGACGGAAUUACACAGAAUCACUAAAGGGUGGUAA